AUGGCUCCUCCUCCGCCCUUGACGGGACCCAUGAGCAAGGCGCACAGGAUCCUGGGCUCCAUGCCCCUCAGCAUCGACUCGCCCCCCUCCAAUCGGGACGACGCCUCGUCGUCGGCCCUCAGCGAUGACAGAUCCGUCACCACGGCCACCAGUUACGAUCCCGAUUCAGAGGCAGGGGACUUCUUCGACGACCACCCCGUGGGAAUUGCAAAGUCAGACAACGGAUGGGGCGAUGAAUCAGGCGUUCUCCCCCAUUCUCACCAUCUCGCCGACAGGUCCGACGACGCCGCUGGCACCAUUACCUCGAGCAUCCUUAGAAAGAGCCGCUCCUCUUCCACAAUCAAGUCGUGGUACGACAAGUCCAAGCUCCCUCUUUCCAUCUCGCAGCAAACUUCGUCUUCAGCCAUGGCAAAGGGCCCCCCGGUCAAGACCGACAGCAUGCUCGAUCUCGACUUUCACAGCCUGAGCUCGCCCGACGUGCGGACCAAGAGCAAGAGCAAGAAGAAGCCCACCAAGCUGGACCUCUCGAGCCUUAUGUCCGGUCCUCGGCUCAUCCGAAAGGUCUCUCAAAGGCAGCUGGGAGGGGGCGGCCAACUGGCUCUGGCUUUAGACUGUACAACCAAAUACCCUGCUACCCUGUCGCCCAUCACCCCCAUGGACAGCAUUUCGCACCAACGGCCAUCACCCGAUGGAAGCAAGCUUGCGCCUCCCGCCUUUCCAGCCUCGCGACCUGACGCCACCAGAGGUCUCAGCGGCAACCAGUGGCCGCGGACCAACGACGCCCUGAGUGCGCUGCCGACCCUCUACGACCAUUACGAGCAGAUGUCGAUGCGACACGUCAUGAAGCAGUAUUCGCAGCCCGACAUGUCUCAGCCCAAGGCGGGACCUAGAGCGGCCCGCUCAUUUUCAAGGGCUGAGUGGCAGCUGGCUCGACGCAGCAGCAAGUGUUUUGACUGGGUUCAUGACUCCUUGCCGCCAACACCGCAAACUGCAUUUCACACCAAGUAUACCGAGACCUCUCCGCCGCCGGCGACGUCGACGACGAGCGUUUCCAGCCGGCACACCAGAACGUCCAAGACGACCGACAAGAGCUUCGGAUCAGCCGACUUGCAGCAGACGAGCGUGCUAGUGUUGUCCGACUCUGAGGGAGAUGACAUCAUAGACGACAUCUCGCCGGCCACUCCGGCUCCCGCCAGGCGCUUACCCACGCUCGAAAAUGACGUGCCGCCGCUUGUCGCCUCCCGCUCGAGGCCGUCCCAAAAACAGUCCAAGGGCUUCGAGAAGCCGCCGAGCAAGUCGAUUAAGCGGGCGAGCUUCGCGCCGGCAGAUACCUACAUCACAACCCCUAAAGCUAAAGAGAGGGACGAUCCCGACGAGGCGCGACAGCAGAUGCUGGACUGGAAUGAGUCUCUGCAUCGACUGUCUAUUGCCAGCUCCACCGACCAGCUGACGCCGCCUCUGAGUCCCACCUCGGUUGACUUCUACAUUCGCUCCGCCCGCUCGUCCAUCGAUGGCCCGGGAAGCCACAACCGGCUCAUGGCCGUGUCGCGCCAAGAGGAGUUGCUCCUGUCUGCGCUGCGACAAAAGCAAAAGGCCAUGCGCGGGAGUGCACUGACCGAUUUGCGGGAAGGAAACGAGGAGCACGAUGGAAAAGAGGGGGAGCGGAGGUCUAGGGAUCAACGCCCCAAGGUAUCCCAGACAUCGUCCGCCGAGUUGACCAUGAUUGACCUUGAUUUGCCUGCUCUUCGGCUCUCGACCAAUGACGCGGGCAACUCGUUUGAGCGUCAAUCGGAUACAAGUCGGGCUUUCCACCGCCGGUGGUCGGCGACGGCGGCUGUUCCCGGUGGCGGCAGCAAGCGGUUCAGUCAGGGGUCGAGCUGCGAGCACAUGGGUGAAGAGGUGCCCUUCAUCCUCGAUGACGCCGACCCGAGCCCGGACCUGAGCGAUUAUAGGGACUGGCACGCGGCCAUGACUGCCGGCACAACCCCGGCCGGCAAGCCCUCUUCCCGACGCGACCUCUUCGGCAGCCAGUCUCGGUGUCAGCGUCGUGGGAGCGCUCAGUCCAGCUCGGGUUGCUCGCCGACUCAGCUCCACCCCGACAGCUUCGCUCGUCUUUCCGGCGUGGCAGAAGAGACGGCCGGUGAUGCCGAAGAGGAGGCAGACAUCCCCCGGCCCGAUAGCCCCAUUUCCCCAGAGUCCUUCCCCGCUGUGCCACAUGGGCGAGCGGCCGGAUGUAACCUGGUGCGCCUGAGUGCUGUGGGAUCUAGCCUAUUGGCUGGCGACAUGACGCACCCAUAG